AUAUGUCGUCGGGCGUGCGUGUACACCAAGAUAUGACCUAUAUUUGAGGGUUAGUCACUUGAAGGCAGUCACUGGAUCACAACUACAUGUCACUGGGCCACCCAUCCAGGCCAGUGAAGAAAUCAGACAAGAGCAGAGCACUCGGAGGCAGUUAACCGCCAGGCAAGAUGCCAGACCACCUACCACACAUCAUGAAGCCCUCCUUCUUGUGGCAUUGGAGGUCGUGGGAUGAUAUCAAGCAGGCUUCCACGUUCACAAAGGCCAACUACACGAACAUCAUCCUCAUCGUUGUGUUUCUCUUCCUUGCACUAAGACAAGUACGAUCUAAUCAGGCUGCCAGCAAGAAGGCUGGCUAUGAGAAGCGCUUCCUCAAAUCACCAGACUUCCCGGACAUCGAAGAACAAGAGGACUUCGACUGGAAGACCACGGAACCGUUACAAUUCCGACCCUUCAAGCCCAAAUAUCACUUGACAAUGGCCGAAUCUGACGACUCAGCCCUUGAGAACCUCAACCCGACCGAGCUCCUUGUUAUAGACAAGACGUACGCCGACCGCAUCGACUACCGCCGACGCAUCAUGGCCGAGCACGGCACGCACGUCGUCAAUGUCCACGAUGACAUGCGCAUCCGUCCAGCCGUUGUCGAAUUGUACACGUUCCUAAUGGGCACAUAUCUCCCCCUACGCUUUCCGCAGGUCUUCAAGCUCCACGAGACCGAGUACGAGCAAGGCAAAACGUUCAUGCUCGAGAACAAAGUAACCGGCUCCCUAUUUGCAGCGAGGCCGACCCCGUCAACGGCGACGAUGCGAUUACUAGAGAUCCUUGGCCAGACUGUGGAUGAAGACUUCCUGUUCCUCCUGCCCGAAGAAGACGGCGGCGACGAUCCCAAAUACGUCCUCGAAGCGUACGUGACGGUAUGUCCAUCGGGCUUUGACCCGGCCCAAAAGAUCGGCAAGCGGCUCGCCGCAAUCCAUGAUCCAGUGCCCGGGUACCGUUCCAAGCUGGAAAGCAGCAUGGACCGGUUCUUCUCCAAGAUCGAGGUCGGCAAGUACGUCAGGCGGGUCAACUGGGCCAUCACAACGAACACGGAACUAUAUGCCGCCGGCAAGGGGACGACGCACGCCCACGAAGGUGACGAGGUGCAAGAGCUCAAGGAGAUCGACGUCGACAAGACGUUCGUCCGGUGCGAGCGGCAGACACUGCAUCGGCUGCCCAAGUCGAAGGCACUGGUGUUUGCUUUCCACACUUACCUCUACCCGAUCCAGCAGAUCAAGGAGGAAGGUGGAGGCGAGGAACUUGCCACUGCUAUCGACGGCUUGAAACUAGGUAGCACGCCGCAGAUGCAUUUCUACAAGAGAGGUGCCGUCUGGGGCGAGGCUGUGAAGGAGUAUCUACGCAGCUGACACAGACCUGGGUAUACAAGCCACAUCGCCUUCUGAUAUCCAUGCACAUGGAUAGGCUCUAUGCACAUACUAUACUUUCCGAACCCAUUCACAACUUUUGAAGCCCUAAUUCACACGUUUUGGACCC